AACGACCGAACCACAUAAGAAAUCGUAACGUUGGAGAUAUUGUUUUAACAAGUUCGACUUUGGUUUACGGCACACAUCAGUUAUAAGAGUAAAACGAAGGUGACGCUUUCUAGGACAGGUGAGGUAGAGUUGUGUAAACGAACACACAGAUAAGAUGGCGACGAACUAUUUACAGACCAAUGUUUUAUCGCAUGCUGCUAGAGUUCGUAGAUUGUACAAAUUAGCUCUGAGAACUUUACGUGAUAAUUAUCCAACCAGAGAUGAAUUACGAUAUCAAUCAGUACUAAUGAGAGAUCGGUUCGACAGACAUAAAGAAUUAAAUGAUGUCUCAAAAGCUAAAAAGUUACUUGCACUCGGUGAAGAGGAGUUAUUUAGAAAAUCCCACAAUAAACCCCUACAGUAUAACAACUGUCCUGGUGGUAUAGCUUAUGAGAGGAGUCCUAUUCCUCCAGAUUCAAUAUUUGACUACUGGCAUCCUUUAGAGAAAGCUUUAUUUCCUAAAUAUUUCGCUAAAAGAGAACAGAUGAAGCAAGAAUAUAUUGAGAGAUGGGAGGCUAAAUAUGGUAGAAGUGGUGCAGAAAAUAUCAAAUAUUGAAAUAUUUCGACAAGAAGUCUGUAAAUUGUUCGGUGAUCAGCUAUCUGUGAAAUAAACUAUGAUGAAGUAUAUAACAAUGAUAGAGUGUGUUUGUGUAUAUACUUUAGUUAAUAAAUUGUAAAGUUGUUAGUUCUUUU